UUUGUGAUGCCAAUGGCAUAGUUGCAUCGGAGAAUAAUACUAUAGAACAAUUACGGCAGGCUUUACGGCAAUUCGUGAAAAGUGCAAAAGAUGAUCCAAGUAUUGUUGUAAAAACUUGGCAGAAUUUACAAGAAAAAGAAAAAGAAGAAACUGAAGCUAAGGAAGAACAAAAAGAAACUGAGGAAAAUGAGUGGGAAAAGUUUACGGACAGGAUGGAGCAAUACUUCAUAGCAAAUGAUGUGGAAGACCGAAGAAAAAAAAGAGCGAUUUUACUAAGCAAGGUAAAUGCCGAAACCUACGAUGUUGUUGACGAAGUCUGUAAGCCAGAGAAGCCUGGGGCAAAAACGUACGAUGAAAUAGUGAAGCUAGUGAAGGAUUAUCUGAAACCAACAGUUUCGUAUUUGGUGCACCGUACCAAUCUCGAUGAGCAAGUACUUGAUCAACAAGUAGUUAGACUGCAAAGUGCCUCUAUAAAAGCAGAGAUUUUGAAAUUAGAAACACCAACAUUAAAGGAGGCUCUGCAAAAAUCACUGGCAACAGAAGCGGCAAAUAAAGGAGUCGAAAAUUUGAAAACCAAUAACAGCAAUAGUAAUGAUCCUAGUUAUGUGGACAUGCAUAAAAUUAAUACAUCAAUAAAAAGGAACUUUGGUUCCAUGCAUCAAAAAGGCAGAAAACAACAACAAAUUGGAAAACAAGAAUCUACGAUCCAAAGGAAAUCCCAGAGGCCGGAAUCAUCACAAGAACAGGAUUCAACACCAAAACAGCAAACAGAGAACUUAUGUUAUUGUUGUGGCAAGGCAAACCAUUUAGCGCGUGACUCUAUGAAUCAUGACAACACUGUGUCAAAAUUUGUCAGAAUGUUACGGUACGUAAGCAUAGAAGCUAAUAAUAUGAAAAUAAUAUCAGAUGUAUAUGUAUCAAACGCUGAAAGUCCGCCUAUCAUAGGUCGACCGUGGCUAAAAGCUCUCAAAUUAUGGCCUUUGUAUUUGGGUAUGAAAUUGCAUGAAAACAAUAGCCCGAAGUAUUUACUGGCUCGCACGGUACCAUUUUCGCUCAAAGAGAAAGUCAGUAAAGAAUUAGAACGUUUAGUUUGCGAAGGUAUAAUCGAGGCAGUGGAAACUAGUGAGUGGACAACACCGAUUGUGCCGGUUCUUAAACCCAAUAGCGAUGUCCGAAUUUGCGCUGAUUUCAAAGUAACAUUAAAUCCACAGCUAAUUACAGUCAGGCAUUCGCCACCAAAUUUUGAUCAUGCUGUCGCGGAACUA